UUGAGCUGGGUACCUGUCGCAUAUGUCAACAGAAAAUAGGAAAAUUAACCUGUUCUAUUUCUAACGAAAAAUUAGAACAAAAUUUGAAAAUGUCUUUUAUACAGACACAUUCUGUAGGAUGGGCUAUGACUCAAAUUUUCUAAAUUUGCACAUGACAAUUUAUCUUGUGCACCGAAAUUCCUCGAACAUCAGCCAAAAUAUUCUCUUAAAAUGACGGCCAUGAUGACAAAUUGAUUUUCUCAGAUUUUUGGGUAGAUUUGCAGUUUUAUAAAUGAUUGGGCGACCUGGCUUUCAUGUACCAACUUUUAAAUGGACAUUCCUUCCCCUUUGAUCUUGCAGUAUAGCAGUUGAUUUUUUCUCUUUUCAGAUGUAUUAUGUUUUCAACAUGUAACUUGAAGUGAAAACAGAAUGGCUUCUACAACCAUUAAAAAACAUCUGAUGAGUGAGGAAAAUAUCCAGAUACCGACAUAUAAAAAGCUGCCUCCAAUCCAAAACACACAGAAAAUGCCGGGCAGAAAAGUUAUUUCUCCAGCCUCGGUUUCAGUUGACUUUAAUCCACCAGAUACUGUCCAAUCAAAACAGCUUUUAGGUGGAAAAGCUCCUGUAAGAAAGGCUUCAGCUGAUUCGAUUAAAUAUGAAACAUUGAAAUCAGCAGCCAAUCAGAAUUCAGUUAAUAAAAGGACAAGUCCAAUAGGAAGCGGGGUGAAAUCAUCUGCAAGAUCAAGUGGGGAUGUAGCCUUGGAUCAGCCCAACAAAGGAAUAGAGCUAAUUGGAUACAGAAUGACCAAUGAUCAAUCAGCAUCUAGUUCUGCCAAGUUGCCAGUGCCACAACAGGCCAGUGACUGGACCCCAUUAAGUUCAGAGUUACCUCCCUGUAGGAUUUGUGGAGAUAAAGCGUCAGGUCUGCAUUAUGGUGUAAACACUUGCGAAGCAUGUAAGGCAUUCUUUAGGCGUACCUUGAAGAAGUCGACAGUUAAAUUCCAGUGCACAUGUACUCCAGAGGAGAAGGCACUAGGAACUGAUGAACCAAGAAAAACAACAUGCCCUAAAUGCCGUUAUGAGAGAUGCAUAAAAACAGGAAUGUCUAAAGAUGCAAUCAAGAUAGGUAGAUAUACGAUUUCCCGUAAGCGACAAAAUGACCAAGAGGUGAAGACAAUGAAAAAGGGGGAAAGAACUGUGGGAGUACGGAGGGUCAGUGAGAGCUCUAAGAGUACAUCCUCGAGUUCCCCAUACAGUACAAGUCAGAGUGUUAGUUCUCCAGAAGAGCUUUCUUCUGAUAUUACCUCCCUUAGUUUACAAGAGACGAGAAACACACACAGUGCAAAGAAGAGACGCCAUGACGACGAAGAUGGUCUCCUGUAUCAAUCUCUUACAAACAGUAUUUUUCAGUCCUUGAUGGAAAACCAGUUUUCCACUCCAGUGACAGCAGUUGAGAAAGAUUUGUCUCCUGUUGAACAGUUACUCACUUCCGGUACGAAAGUCAACUCUGAUGUUACACCAAUGGAACAACUUUUAAUCUCGAACCCGGAGACAAAUUCUGACAUAACGACAAAUUCUAUUCCCGACACAGAUUUAUCUGCUGUUGACAGUAUGAUGUUUAAUGGGCAGGAGGAGGAAGCGUUUUCUCCUUUAGCUCAUAUUCUAAGUACGUUGGAGGAGGCAUCGCCGAUCGAAAAUCUUUUAACACAACCAGUCAUUGCCAACUCUUACUCCGAGGGAACUGGAGUUAAUAGUAAGACAGAGGUUCAGUUGUCACCGAGUCAGAUUCAGAAUGGAAAUAGCGGCCCUUUUGUUGAAGUGUCGAAUAACUCCGUUGACGAGUUGGUGUUGACGACUUCACUGUUCGGAAUAUAUGAUGGGACUCAAAUAAAUUCUAAAGCAGGAGAUGCAGAACAGUUACAUGACAGUGAAACAAGUGAAGAAUCUCCUAUUGAAAAUUUAUUGAAGGCACCGCUUCAAAGUAUGCCUUAUUCUCCGGCUGUCUCUAAUGAUAAUGGGUUGUCCAGUGUGACGUAUGAUUCAGACAUGACACAUUUUAACAAUGGGAGAUCACCAGAUGAGCCUGUUGUCAACGAUGGAAUACCACAGGAACUUUCCUUUCAAGAUGCUGGCUUUCCAACAAGUGAUGUUAAUACUAACCUGCUAAAUGGAGAAAUUAACGAGACAAAUAUUGUAGGAGAACUUGAAGGAAACGUAUUCGUAGCCUCCAAACUGAGUGAAAAUGAGGAAUCUCAUUGUGGUGACUCUGAACGUGGAAUUUUCACUGGAAAAGUGUUGAAUCAGGAAGAUUAUACUUUGAGCCCAGAAGACAUAGAAAUUCAAGAGCAGCAGUUGUCAAGAUUUGAGAAUCCGGCAAUACGAGUUGGUGAAGGGUUGAGUGUGAAAGAGGCGACUGACAUUAUUUUGACGUUGGGACAGGCAGCUGGCGUCCUCUUUGAAAGCUCGAAAAAAAUGUCAUGUGAAGAAAUAAAAAAAAGGCAUGCUGAUUACUUGGAACAGUAUGUUACGAAGAUGCAGGUGUUUGGUAAUAUGUCAAACAUCUCCAAGGAAGAGUACUUGGACUUUUACAACCAGACCGGCAUCGAUAUAGACAAUCGACAACAAAUUCUCAUAGAGGCGUUGAAGUAUAUGGAAGAAUCUAUCGGGAAACUUGUAAAAUUUGCCAAAGCUAUCCCGGGAUUCUCUGACCUUGACAUUGAUGAUCAAGUGAAUCUUGUAAAAGUGGCACGAUUUGAAUUCUGGGUGAUAAAACCUCCUGGCAAUAAAACAUGCAUCAAAUCACCUUACCAGGUUGCGACCACUCCGUGGGAAAAAGAGUAUCACCUAGAGGAAUUAGGAAAACUGUACCCCCUUGAAUAUUUAGACCGAAAAUGUGCGAUUAUGAAUGAAUUUCAGAAUCAUAAGUUGUCAACAGAAGAGACAAUAUUGAUAAAAGCUAUCGUGCUGACGUUUCCAGUGUCAAGAUUUGAGCAGGGCAUGAUACAGUUUGGGAAAGUGGGAAAAUGUGUCAAAUCUUCGUUGAAAGUGGCUACGUUACCAUGGAAUAAAGAGUACCACUUUGACGAAAUUAGCAAAAUUUUCCCUAGAAAUUACUGUACCGCACAGAUUCAGAAUUUGCAACAAGUUCUACAGCUUGGUCUGAGUUUUGAGGAAACGGUUGUAUUAAAAGCACUGAUUAUUACAUUCCCAGAUCGUUGUGAACUGAAGGAGCCGGAGAAGGUAGAAUAUUUACAUAACAAACUGAUAGCCUGUUUCCUCUUAAUGUUGGCACACAGGCCGCCAGAUAAACUGGUCACGGUUCAGGCAGUCAUGGGAACAUUGUUUCGGAUCCGUCACCUUGCCGCCUGGGAUACACAGAUCAUUCAGGAGAUGUUUGAAGUGUGGCCCGUCACUUCUAAUCAUCAGUUGGUCAAGGAGUUUGUCUCGUGAAGCUUUCCUGAUCAUUGGAAAAUGCUGAUGAUUUGGAAAAAAUAUUUGUGUCACUUUUUUGAUGAUCGUGACUUUAUUUUAGAUAAUUGUGACUUGUUUGAGAUAAUUUUGGAGUGGAGUUUGUGAAAGUGUCUUCAGAUUUCAGCAUUACAUUUCUGCAAAAUAUUUGCCUUACAUAGCAUAUGCUUUAUGUUUUACAUUUCAAUUUUCAAAAUCAUAAAUGUAAAUAUAUUGAUAAAAAAGGGGAAAUAUGGCCGAAGAAUGGAACUGUUUUGAAAACCUUGCAAUUUAUCAACACUAAUAUGCUAUGACUUAUGAAUUAACUGGUUGCAGAGGCGAGUUUCAAUUAAAAGAUAAAGAAGGGGGAAUUAUAAUUAUCUUCUUACGGAAUUAUUACUCGGUAUUGUGUGUAAUGGAUCCAUGGUGUUCAAAUU